GCUAUGUAUAGGAUGAUUGAGAGAAGCUCUUCGAGAUGGGUGUCGUCGUCGAUCAAGAAUCCUCUCUCGACAUGGUUUCCUCUCACCCCGAUCGAUAUCCACAUGCCACUAAUUCACAGCCCUCUGGUCCUCGCAUUCUCCUCCCCGGUUCCUGAAGGAUUUGUGGCCGAUUUGGAGCGCGCGAUCCAGCAGGUGCUGUGCCACUACAGAGAUUUAGCUGGGCGGAUCCGGAGGAACGAGUCCGGGAAGCUUGGGAUCUAUCUCAACGACCAGGACGAGGACUGCGGCGUCCUCUGGAUUGAGGCUUCCACCCAGGAAACGCUUCAGGGUUUUUCGGAUCAGGAUCUCGCAAAGCUCCACGAGCUGACGCCAAUGGCUUCGCAGGAUCCCGUGAACAUGGGAAUCCCUCUUCUACUCCAGAUCACUCGAUUCGGUUGCGGUGGGAUCGCACUGGGUUUUGGAGUCAACCAUCGUGUCGUCGAUUGCAACGCGCUCCCGGAAUUUCUCCUCGACCUCGCAAAGUUGACCAGGGGGGAGCGGUCAAUCGAGGAACUCCUGUCCGGGCAGCCCAUUGACCGCUCCUGCAUGAUGCCCCGCCGCCCUCCACGCCCUAGCUUUGACCACUCUGACUACACCACCAACAUCAUCACAAUGCUUUCCAGCGACGAGGCCAAGUCGAUCGUCACCCGCACGAUCCACUUCACCAGAGAGCGUCUCGCGCUCCUCAAGUCCGAGUGUAACAAAGGUCGCUCCAAUCAACCCUUCUCCACGUACGUCUCCCUGUCUGCAUACCUCUGGAAGUCAAUCACCGCCGCCCGGGAAGUCAACGUCCAGUCCAAGACGAUAAUACUGUGCCCGGUCAACGGCCGCCGUGGGCUCGCGCUCCCGGCUCACUUCUUCGGCAAUGCGGUGUUUAGGCGGUGCGCAUGCGCCACGGUUUGCGAUAUCCUUGCCAUGCCCUUGGGUGACUUGGCCUCGCUGAUUGCCGCAGGCUUAGAGUCUUUAUCGCAGGAGGAUUAUUUGCGAUCGGUUGUGGAUUUCCUUGCAUUGAAGCAACAACACGAGGACCAGCAGCGUAGUUCUCCCCAGGCGGAAGAGAUUCCCCGCUUUUCUUUCGAUCCAAACUUGAUCAUCACUAGCUGGGCUCGACUGCCCUUCUACGAGCUCGACUUUGGAUUCGGUCGUCCGGUUCUUGCCACCCCCACGGAGGGCCCUUGCGAAGGUUACGUGCGAGUGGUGCCAUCUAGCAAUGGUGACGGAGGUCUAGCAGUAGUGCCCACUCUAAGAAACGCUCAUAUGGACAAGCUUGUCUACUCCAUUUUCAAUGACAACAAAGAUGGUUAACACUUUCCAUUGAUCAGCAA